AUGAAGAAUCCAUUGGACAUGUAUUCUUUAGCUGUAGAAGAGAUUAGGAGGAUUGGAGUACGCAAGUACGCAUCUUGUACACAUAAUCUUUUGCCAACGGACAAAUUUUGUGAUUCCAUACACAAGAUUACAGAACAUUUAUCUCGGUUGUUUAGCAGCAACAGAAAAAGAAACUCGGUGAGGCAAGUCUUUUUGUUCUUGACUAGGAUUGGGAUUAGGGUUGGGAUUGGGAUCACCUGCUUCUUCAUCCUCUUCAGUCUCUUCAGCCGGUUGGCUUAUUUGCCUCUUGGGAAUAGCAAGCUGAUAAUUCGGGCUGAUCAACGUAUCCUCUUCUGGUGGCAGAGGGAUUCCAUGCCCUGCUAUCGAUUUUGGCAACGGAACCUUAUUUCUGCUCCUAGCUAA